AUGGACACUGCUGUUAGAUUAUUCAAUCAGUUGAAGUCAAGUGGACUAUCGCCAACGUUAGUGACUUAUAAUACUUUGAUUGCAGGGUAUUCUAAGGUUGAGAAUUUAGCAGGAGCUCUUGACUUGGUCAAGGAAAUGGAAGAGAGAUGCAUUGCUCCUUCCAAAGUGACAUAUACGAUUCUAAUUGAUGCCUUUGCGAGACUAAAUUAUACGGAGAAAGCUUGCGAGAUGCAUUCUUUAAUGGAGAAGUCUGGUUUGGUUCCAGAUGUUUACACAUACAGUGUCCUAAUUCAUGGGUUAUGUGUGCAUGGUAACAUGAAAGAAGCGUCAAAACUCUUCAAAUCAUUGGGUGAGAUGCACCUCCAACCAAACAGUGUCAUAUAUAAUACCAUGAUUCAUGGUUACUGCAAAGAAGGAAGCUCUUAUAGGGCUCUUAGGCUGCUCAAUGAAAUGGUUCACAGUGGAAUGGUUCCAAAUGUGGCCAGUUUUUGUUCAACCAUAGGGCUUCUUUGCCGAGAUGAAAAGUGGAAGGAAGCUGAACUUCUCUUGGGACAGAUGAUAAAUUCAGGACUAAAGCCAUCAGUUUCUUUGUACAAAAUGGUUCACAAAGUCAAGGGUGAUGUUUAG